AAACCAAACCAAAUUAAUUAAUGUUAGAAAAGAAGAAAGUUCGAGAAAGUAAACAAAUCGAGAAAACAGGCUUCUUCUCUUCUUCCUCCUCUCCUCUUUCCUCUGCUCUCUGAUUCAAAAACUCUCUCUUGUUCAUCACUUCCCAACGAUCAAAGACACCAUCUUCGUUCGAAACCAUGAACCCAGAUCCCGAUCACCCUCAGCUCCCCACCAUCAAGAUCCACCACCCUCCUUCCCCCCACCACCACCACUCCUCCUCCACCCCCUCCUCCGCCGCCACCCCGACUCCCACCGCCGGAGCCCGCCGCAAAAUCGGAGUCGCAAUCGACCUCUCGGAAGAAAGUGCCUACGCCGUCCGCUGGGCCGUGGAUCACUACAUCCGCCCCGGAGACGCCGUCGUCCUCCUCCACGUCUCCCCCACCUCCGUCCUCUUCGGCGCCGACUGGGGCCCGCUCCCCCUCAAAACCCAGGAAAAUCCGUCGGAUCAGCCUAGCCAGGAGGACUUCGACGCCUUCACCGCGUCCAAGGUGGCGGAUCUGGCGAAGCCGUUGAAGGAGAGCGGGUUUCCUUAUAAGAUCCAUAUAGUGAAGGAUCACGAUAUGAGGGAGCGGCUGUGCCUUGAGAUCGAGAGGCUUGGUUUGAGUGCGGUGAUCAUGGGGAGUAGAGGGUUUGGUGCUGAGAAGAAAGGGAGUGAUGGGAAGCUUGGGUCUGUCAGUGAUUACUGUCUUCACCACUGUGUUUGUCCUGUUGUCGUGGUGAGGUACCCUGAGGAUCGUGAUGGGCCUGGGCCUGUUGUUACUGUUAAGACCGGUGGGGAUGAUGAUGAAGAUGAUGUUGCUGGUGCUGGUGCUGGUGCUGGUGCUCGUCAUGAACACCGCCAUAUCAAAGAUGAGUAAUGCUUGUUAGGGCCUGGACAAGUUCGCACUCUUUACAUCAUCCAGGUACACAAAUGAAGUUAGAGUUUUAGCGCGUGGAGCGGGGAGGAGUGUUUGUGUGUUCUAUCUUUAGCGAUCUCAGGGUGAUUUGGAGUUUCUUCAUUAAACAUGGAGUUUGUAUGAUUACUGAAACCUAUUUUGUUUUUUUUUAUGAAAGAAAAAGAUUCUGAACUUCAAUAAAGUGUGGUAGUUUAGGUUUUCCUUGUUGUCUGAGAGUUUGAGUGUCAAGUCUGUUUAGAUUAUAUUUGUCUUUAGUUAUUGUUAAAAUCAAAUAAAAGAACUCAUAGAUUUAUGGUU